UUAUUUAACUCCGCCCUCCUUCAAAAGAAACAACAUUUCCUACUUUUAUACUGUCUAUAUGAUUGAUUUGCACAACUCAUCUGCCAGAAGAGCUGAGACAUCCGUUCCCCUACAAGAAACUCUCCCUGGGUGGAACAAGAUGGACUAUCAAGUGUCAAGUCCAACCUAUGACAUCGAUUAUUAUACAUCGGAGCCCUGCCAAAAAAUCAAUGUGAAACAAAUCGCAGCCCGCCUCCUGCCUCCGCUCUACUCACUGGUGUUCAUCUUUGGUUUUGUGGGCAACAUACUGGUCGUCCUCAUCCUGAUAAACUGCAAAAGGCUGAAAAGCAUGACUGACAUCUACCUGCUCAACCUGGCCAUCUCUGACCUGCUUUUCCUUCUUACUGUCCCCUUCUGGGCUCACUAUGCUGCUGCCCAGUGGGACUUUGGAAAUAUAAUGUGUCAACUCUUGACAGGGCUCUAUUUUAUAGGCUUCUUCUCUGGAAUCUUCUUCAUCAUCCUCCUGACAAUCGAUAGGUACCUGGCUAUCGUCCAUGCUGUGUUUGCUUUAAAAGCCAGGACAGUCACCUUUGGGGUGGUGACAAGUGUGAUCACUUGGGUGGUGGCUGUGUUUGCCUCUCUCCCAGGAAUCAUCUUUACCAGAUCUCAGAGAGAAGGUCUUCAUUACACCUGCAGCUCUCAUUUUCCAUACAGUCAGUAUCAAUUCUGGAAGAAUUUCCGGACAUUAAAGAUAGUCAUCUUGGGGCUGGUCCUGCCGCUGCUUGUCAUGGUCAUCUGCUACUCGGGAAUCCUGAAAACUCUGCUUCGGUGUCGAAACGAGAAGAAGAGGCACAGGGCUGUGAGGCUUAUCUUCACCAUCAUGAUUGUUUAUUUUCUCUUCUGGGCUCCCUACAACAUUGUCCUUCUCCUGAACACCUUCCAGGAAUUCUUUGGCCUGAAUAAUUGCAGUAGCUCUAACAGGUUGGACCAAGCCAUGCAGGUGACAGAGACUCUUGGGAUGACACACUGCUGCAUCAACCCCAUCAUCUAUGCCUUUGUCGGGGAGAAGUUCAGAAACUACCUCUUAGUCUUCUUCCAAAAGCACAUUGCCAAACGCUUCUGCAAAUGCUGUUCCAUUUUCCAGCAAGAGGCUCCCGAGCGAGCAAGUUCAGUUUACACCCGAUCCACUGGGGAGCAGGAAAUAUCUGUGGGCUUGUGACCCGGACUCAAGUGUGCCGGUGACCCAGUCAGAGUUGUGCACAUGACUUGGUGUUGAUACACAGCCUGGGCUGGGGGUGGGGUGGGAGAGGUCUUUUUUAAAAGGAAGUUACUGUUACAGAAGGUCUAAGAUUCAUCCAUUUAUUUGGCAUCUGUUUAAAGCAGAUUUGAUCUUUUAAGCCCAUCAAUUAUAGAAAGCCAAAUCAAAAUAUGUUGAUGAAAAAUAGCAACCUUUUUAUCUCUCCUUCAUAUGCAUCAAGUUAUUGACAAACUCUCCCUUCUCUCCAAAAGUUCCUUAUAUAUAUUAAAAAGAAAGCCUCAGAGAAUUGCUGAUUCUUGAGUUUAGUGACCUGGACAGAAAUACCAAAAUUAUUUCAGAAAUGUACAACUUUUUACCUUGUACAAGGCAACAUAUAGGUUGUAAAUGUGUUUAAAACAGGUCUUUGUCUUGCUGUGGGGAGAAAAGACAUGGAUAUGAUUAGUUAAGAAAUGACACCUUUCAUGUGUGAUUUCCCCUCCAAGGUAUGCUUAAUAAGUUUCACUGACUUUUAGAACCAGGCGAGAGUCUUAUGGCCUGGGAGAGCUGGGGAAGCCUCUUAAAUAAGAAGGAAUUUGAGUUGGAUCAUCUAUUGCUGGCAGAGACAGAAGUCUCACUGCAAGCACUGCAUGGGCAAGCUUGGAUGUAGAAGGAGACAGAGCUGGUUGGGAAGACCUGGGGAAGAAGGACAAGGCUAGGUCGUGAAGAACCUUGAUGGCAUUGCUCUAUCUAAGUCAUGAGCUGAGCAGGGAGAUCCUGGUUGGUGUUGCAGAAGAUUUAUUCUGUGGCCAAAGGAGGGUGAGGAAGGAUGAGCAUUUAGGGCAAGGAGACCAGCAACAGCCUUCA